GCUUUCCUUCUCUGUGUGCCGGCUGAUGACGUCAAUUCCCGCUCGACAGAUCCCUGGACAUUAUUUACUAUGUCUGCAGUCUCUGGUCAUCUCCUGUACUGUCCGCAGUCUCUGGUCAUCUCCUGUACUGUCCGCAGUCUCUGGUCAUCUCCUGUACUGUGUCCGCAGUCUCUGGUCAUCCCCUGUACUGUGUCCGCAGUCUCUGGUCAUCUCCUGUACUGUGUCCGCAGUCUCUGGUCAUCCCCUGUACUGUGUCCGCAGUUUCUGGUCAUCUCCUGUACUGUGUCCGCAGUCUCUG